CAUGCAAACGGUUGUACACACUUUCACAGCAAGGAAUUGAAAAAAGCAAUGUAAAGGAUGUCUCCAUUGCCGCUAAUCUCACUCUCCAUCAGUCUAGCAGCUAUAGCAAGAAACUGAUGAAGGCAAUGGAAAGGAUGCCUCCAUUGCGACUAGUCUCACUCUCCAUCAGUCUAGCAGCCAUAGUGUCACUUUCUGUGACUUUCACCAUUGAUGACAUCAAUACCAAAAACUUCACUGGGGACACUGAGGAAACGGGAUACUUUGGAUACAAAGCUCUACAAUAUAUGCAUGGGAAGGAGAAAUGGGUUAUUGCCAGUGCACCAAUGUUUGGAAAUGGGAGUGGAACAAUCUACAAGUGUUCUCCAAAGAAAACACACUGUGAACAUUUCCAGAUGGAAGAAAUUAGCUCCAUCAAGUCAGCAGGACUAGCUCUGGAUAUCAGCUCGACUUCUCCUGCAGAAAUCACUACUUGCAGCCCAAGUGUGAUUCAUGAAUGUGACAGUAACUCAUACCUAAAUGGCAUCUGUUAUCACUUCAGUGAAUUCAAGUAUGUGGAUAACAUCAGACCAGCAUUUCAAGAGUGCACAAAGAGAAAAGUGGACCUUGUCUUCCUCUUCGAUGGGUCAGAAAGCCUGAAAGCAGUUGAUUUUAAGAAGACCAAAGUCUUCAUUAAUGACAUCAUGAAGACAUAUUCGAAUACCUCUAUACAGUUUGCAGCAAUGCAGUUUUCGAAGUUUUCCCGCACUGUUUUCACCUUUAAAGACUACCGGGCAAAUAAGGCAUCAUAUCUCUUAGAAAAGGAACAACACAUGAAGGACAUCACCAGCACAUACACUGCAAUUGAAAAUGUUCUAAACAGUAUUAUCAACAACACAACUGCUGGUGCCAUUCCAGAUGCCAUAAAGGUUCUAGUCAUCAUCACAGAUGGAAAUCCAUCUUUCAAGGAUAAGACCAAUGUUGUAAAGAAAAUGAAUGACAGGCACAUCAUUCGCUAUGUAAUUGGGGUGGGGGGUGUCUCCAUGGAGACACUCAAAACCCUGUCAUCAAAUCCCAAAGACAGUAAUACCUUCCCAAUUCAGAACUACAAUGGGCUGGGAAACAUCUUCGCUAGUCUACAAGAACAGAUCUACAAUAUUGAAGGUACUCAGAAUGUGCUUGGCAGGAAAUUCAAACAUGAGAUGUCGCAGAGUGGAUUCAGUGCCGUCUACUUAAAGGACACAUUGAUUUUGGGAUCAGUUGGUUCAUACAAUUGGCGAGGUUCCCUAAUUGAAGUUGCUACAGGGUCACACAAUGAAAUUGUAGAUCCUGAAAUGGAGGAGGACUCAUAUAUGGGGUAUUCUGUGGCCGUUGGAAAGAAAGCUAACAAGGCAUUAUAUUUUUCUGGAGCACCAAGGUUUCAGCAUAUGGGACAAGUCGUGCUUUUCCACAAAGCCAAUGGAAAUUGGGUAGUGAAACAGAAGAAAUAUGGGUCACAGAUUGGUGAAUAUUUUGGGGGAGAACUGUGUGCUGUUGACAUUGACUCAGAUGAUGAAACGGAUUUUAUCCUUGUGGGAGCACCUCUGUAUUAUGAGUCACAGAGAGAAGGAAGGAUGUUUGUCUACCAACUCACUAGAGAGCUAAUGAUGCUGGAAAAGGAGUAUGUUACAGUGCCAACACAGGGCCGAUUUGCUUCUUCCAUCGCCUCUCUUGAAGAUUUGAAUGGAGAUGGUCUGAGGGACGUGGCUGUGGGUGCCCCACUGGAGGGAGACCAGAAGGGGGCAGUGUACAUUUAUUUGGGAGACAGGCUUGAGGGAAUCCGAAUUGAAUCCUGCCAGCGCAUACCAGCCCAGAAAGUGUCACCUGGACUGAGGUUCUUUGGCCAAUCAAUUGAUGGUAGGAUGGACUUGGGAGAAGAUGGACUGACAGACAUCAUAGUGGGAGCAUUCAACAAGGUUGUACUAUUUAGGUCCAGGCCAGUUGUCAAUGUCUCUGCCCAGCUUUACUUCAAUGAAUUGAGAAUCAGUACUGACAGAUUUAUCUGUCAGGAGAAGGAGAACAUCUUUUCUGUUGGCACAUUAACAGUCUGCUUUGUGGUGAAAAAUGCAUUGAAUACAGCAGGGCCAAUAGAUAUAGGGCUGACUGUGUCCUACCAGCUUAAUCUGGACAGUGUGAGACAGAAGAGUCGAGCCUUUCUCGAGGCAAGCGACAAAGGGAGCAGGAAAAUUCACUCUACCCUGGACCUGAAGCUAGGGGAGACCUGCCGUAACUACUCAAUCUACAUGCCAGACUGUGUGAAAGACACUGUGUCACCCAUGACCAUUAAACUAAACUUUUCCCAAUCUGACAGCCCUCAGCACAUUUACAGUACUAUUCUUAAUAUUGACAGCAAAACUGUAACUCUGAUGGAGGUUCCAUUCCAAAGGAACUGUAAAAGGAAUGAGGAAUGUGUCUCUCAGCUGGAGCUGGAUGUUAAUUUCACGACCUCAACUCUGCUAGUGGUUGACCAAGACUAUUUUAAUGUGACAGGGAAGUUGUACAAUCAUGGGGAUGACUCCUAUAAUACCAGCAUCACCUUCCAGUAUCCUCCUGGGCUAUCCUUUUCCAAGAUGAAAGUUCGAGAGCCCUCCAGGAGGACAAUCAUCAGUUGUUCUGGCCGGGAUGACAUUCUGCAAACAUUCUGCACUGUGAGCCGUCCUGUGUACCCCAGCAAAACAUAUGCAUUUUUUUACAGUUCAUUCCUCAUAUCUAAUCAAUAUGACUGGAGGGACUCAAUGGAGAUGACUGUCAUAGCCGACAGUGACAAUGGGAAGUCCGCUAGCAGAAGAAUCUCUCUCCCAGUGCAGUUUGCUGUUGAUCUUGCUGUAAAAGGCCAUGAUGAAGACUCUGUCACUUACUUAAAUUUCACACUGGAGGACAAAGAGCCCAAAACAGUGAAGCAUUUCUUUCAGGUGAAGAAUCUGGGCUUCAAAUGCGUACCUGUGACAGUCACCUUCACUUUUCCAACACAACUUGAAUACAACUUUAUCAUGGAAGACUAUAUGAUAUCUGUUUCAAAGAACCGAACAAGAUGUGGAAACAUUUCUGAUAUAAAAACACAGGACAAAGGACACUGCAAGAUUGAAUGUGACAUAUUUCCUUUGAAACAACAUUCAUCUGUUCUUUUCACACUGUCUUGGAAGGUAUCCUUCCACAAUAAGGAACUUAUUCCCAGAAAACCCUUUUCUUUUGAAAGUUUGGAAGUGCAAUUCUCAAGUUGGGUAAAACUCAGCUAUGAGGAGAACCGGUAUAUCCAAACUGCAAGCACCUCAGGGGACCAAGCUAACCCAACAAAAUUCCACAAAGCAAAGAUUGACAGUCGAGUUGAACUGAUAAUUCCGCCCAACAAAGCUUUGAUCUCUGGGAUAGGAGCUGGUGGAGGAUUUUUAGUGCUGGCCAUCAUUUUUGUGAUCCUGUGGAGGCUUGGACUUUUCAAGAGAAAGAGGCCUCCUACACUUUUACCAAAUGAUGUAAACGAAGUAAAUUGUGACCACAUGGAUCUAAUCACAAGUGAUGAUGAAACAGAAAAUUUAAAGAAUGACGCGGAACAAGAUUCAUCCUGUGGUAUGAAAGCAGGUGGCUCAGACACUUAAUUUAUUCAAUACAGGGGUGUAACUUACGGAGUGUUAGGGGGUUAUGUCCCCCUAAUAUUACAAAACAAGCAAAAUAUCCGACCCCACCACCCCCCACCCCCAAUUCCAUAGCACAAUGAUGAGAAGAAAUAUUUCAUAAAAUAAAGAUUGUGAUUUCAGGAUGUGAUUGGGAUAUCAAGGUUGGAUGUUUGUCACUGAUUGAAUUUUCGCAAAUUUCUAAAUUUUCUCUGCUUUGCAUUUGCCUACAUUGUGGAAUGCGCUGGGAUCAAGCUUUGAUGAGUCAUUGUCAGAUGUGCUGAUGUUCAACUGUCCAUGUCACAUUUGUUGAUACUCAGCGCUCCUUCCCUUUACAGUAACAUCAGUGACAACAGACGCUCAUCAAAGAUAGAAUGAAGCAAGUAAUGCGCCAACCUAUGAAUUAAAUUUAGUCGUAGGCAGCUCCUAUAACAGCCAGCAACUGCCUGUUGAUUUUUUAAAAUGUUAUAUUAGACCUUUAACCAGAAAUGGGCUGUUGAGAUUUAAAUCUCUUUUACAAGGGGGACCUGAAACUGCCUAGAGCUCUUGUUAGUUACUGUUGCUACAUUUGCGCAUCUAUCAAUGUAACAUUAACAUGAAUAAUCUCUGUGAUUUCUUCCACCUUUUUAAGUUUUCUGCAACUUCAGUGAAUUCUUUCUGUGACAUUCAUCAGUAAUCCAUAUUAUUUUCACAGCUGUCCUUUUUUAAAAAAUCUUAUAUGUAGGGGGGGGGAGCAGGUCUAUGAAUUUCAGCACCCCCAAUAUUCCAAGUAAAGUUACGCCCUUGAUUCAAUAAGAAGUGUGGGGAAAGUAUUAAUAAUAAUUUUUUUAAUGCAAAAAUGUUGUCUGUCUAACCUAAAGGCAUACUAUGCAGGAGUUCUGUGUUUACCAUAAAAAAUGGCUCCAACUCCAUUCCCAACCCUGUCUAAGGAUAUGCACCAAAAAAACAACAAGAUAUUUUUCUCUGGCUAGGUAUGUCGGUAGCUUUAUACCGGUCAGGUUGUCACAAAUAUUCCAAAAUGCUUCUAUCCAAAACCGUUAGCAAAAACUCUCACCUCGCUGUCAUAUACAGCAAAGUUACUAGGGUACCUAGUGGUGGUGGAACAUACCUAUGCUAGUAAUUGCUAGCACAGAUACAUUUAGUGAAAAGUGCAAUCUUAGUGUCUCUCUGACCACAGAUGUUGGUUGGUAGUAGUUGAACUGCAGUCAUGUGUGAAAACAAAAAACCUCAGCUAUAUAAGAUAGUAGGAUUUUCCAACGUAAUAGGACUCACCGCUAUUACCUAAUAACUGUAAUUGACAUGGCUUCAAACCGACACUCGAAAAAGCAAGGGCAUUCCAUUGAUUCCUCUGUCCUUGUGCCCUUUCCUUGUAUCCUUUGAUGGGAGCUAGGAGUGAGGGAAGGACAUGAGGUAAAAAUAAGCAUUUGGAAAAGAGCCUGGGAAGGGAGAGGUGGACAAAUAUAUAAUUUAUAUGCCACAUGUUCUGUAAAAAGGCGCUCAUGUUUCCUUACUCAAAAUUCCUUCAGGAGCCUCCAAGCUCACUGCGCUGGGGCAUUGGUGGACCCACAGCAAAUUAUCAGGCUAUCAUGGGCAGCAAGCCAACCUUGCCAAACAUAACAGUAUUUAGUUAGCUAAUAACAUCAGCAACCUAAUGUUACCAACUGCUAACCAGCCAGUUGGUUUGGUGAUUGAUAGAUACUUUGAUAAAAUGUCACUGGUUAGCCAUCAUGGCAACCCUGUCCACGGGGCAAAUUUGCCUCCUAAUCGUUCCCCCACUGUGGGAGGGGCAGGCAUCGAGAUGAUAGGGAGCAUAAAAAGCAGCAGGUGAGGGACACACUUUUGGGUUGCUCUGGUUCCAAAUCGAUUUAUGAAGAAUGAAUCAAUAAUAAAUCAUCAUCAUACAGCUUAACAGUUGGACACAGUGAGCUCAUUUCAACCUGGACAUUUGCAUUACAUGCAAUUAUUACCAUAAUUUAAUUGGUGUUGGCUGUAAUCGACAAAAUAUGGAUUUCAGACAACACUUGACAAUACUGUGAAGACCACGAUAAUUAUCUUUUGAAAAGAUAUGACAUGGCAGACAAAUUAGAUUUGAUUGUGAUCAAAUGCUUUUACAACUAUGGUUGAGAUGGCGACACUUAAGCAAAAUAAGUGUUGGCUUGGGCCCGGGGGUACCUCUCCAGCACUAAGCCAGCUGAAAGUGCCCCAAUGUGUACUGUAGUCAACCAAUACACAUUCCAUAAUUUUUCUGUUGGCCACAUGCUUUUCAAAUACCGCCGACAAAGAGGAAAUAGUCACACCCAGAAAUUUUCUUUUUAGAACAACAAAUACAGGCAGACAAGCAAGACUGGGCAGAAGUGCACGCAUACACAGAUUGUCAGUGCAUCAAAGUAAUGAUGAGCAUGGUUGUUUUCAUGAUAUUUUCAAGGUGUAAAUCCUGCAUAGUAUGCCUUAAAAAAAUUGCUAAUACAUUCCAUUUCCAUCAUUUGUUGAAUCUUACAGCUUUAAUGCAUGAUUAUUGUACAUCAUUAUAUCUUGUUUUAUCCACAAGCAAAAUGCAGUUGCAAGAAUAUUUUAUAACAAUGCUAAUUUCAUUAUAGUUUGCUUGUUAAGCCAGUGUAUUAAUGGAUCAUUAAAAUGCAUGUGUCUGACAUUUUAUCUUUGAGUAUGUUUCCUGAAACCUUCCAUACUGUAAUGAUAUUCUGUGAACAGUAUUUUUUAAUGCUCUUGCAGUAUAAUAAAAGCUUUAUGCAGAA